AUGCCAAGAAAAAUACAUUAUCAAGUUGUUUAUUCAACAAGUUCAGAUGAACAACAUCCAGCUAGUGAAUUAAAUCAUCAUGGACCAUUAGUUAAUGGUUGGCAAAGUUCUCGAUUUAGUUCAUAUCCACAAGAACUUAUUUUACAAUUCGAAAAUUGUGUGCGACUUCGACGUAUACAAUUACUUUCUCAUCAAUAUUUAAUUGCGUCAAAAAUUGAGUUUUUUAUUGGAGAUUGUACAACCGAUGACACUACAACACUUGAAAAUGCACGUUAUACUCGUCUUGGAUAUAUUGAAUUAUCAAGUAAUGACCGAACAGAUUUUAAAGCACGAGAACUUAAAUCAAUACAUAUUGAUGCUGAAGGAAUAUUUUUAAAAUUAGUUAUACAUAAAAAUUACGUUAAUCGAUCGAAUAUAUAUAAUCAAGUAAGCAUUGUUGCAAUCAAUUUACUCGGUGAUGAUAUUGAUAAAGUAAAAAACAUGAAAAAAAAACUUAGCUCAAGAUCGGAUCAAAUCUCAAUUAUUGAUGACCUCGCAUUUGCAAUGUAUCAAGAUCCUGAAAUAGCUGCGAUUAUAACAAAUUUAGAUCGUAAAAAACAAGAAUGUGUUCAGGAUGAAAAAUUUGAUCAAGCUCGAAAAUUUAAACAAGCUAUUCAAGAAUUAAUAAAAAUUGGCGAACGACUUGCUCGUUAUGAAGUUGAAAAACGACAAGCUAUUGAAAAUGAAGAUUAUGAAACAGCACAAUCAAAAAAAGAUAAAAUGGAACUUUACCGUGCUGAAACAUAUAAACAACUUCAAGUACUUAAUUUACUCGAUGUUGUUAUUGAAGGUGGUGAAGGUACCGAAUUUCUAAAACGUUUACAGGAAAUUGAAAAUAAUGAACAACAACAUGAUAAUUUUAAUCAAGAGUCUCCUCGCCCAUUAAAACAACAAAAUCAUGGACGUACGCGUAAUCCAGUUCAAAUUCAUCGUUCACCAGAAUCAGCUGUUUCUUAUGUACCACCAACUUUACAAGACUCAUCAGCAUCACCAUUACCUACUGUUACAAAUGCAACACAUCGAACAAGUGUUACUGUGACUGGAGGCGGCGGUGGUGGUUAUAUAUCACCAGAUUAUCCAAAACCACGUACUCCAUAUGAAGAUAAAGUUAUUCCAACAUUAAGAAAUCGAAAUCGUGUCGAUGUAGCAAAUCUACAAAGUUCUUUAAUGGCAAGUAGUGAUGCUGGAGGAACGACUAAUGAAGAAACAGAAAGUAUAUAUGGUGGAACGAAUAAUACACAGAAUGAUGAUGCAACUGCAGAAUUAAAUCAAGCAGAAAUGAUUGAAGCUAAUCAAAUGAUGGUUGUUUUUGAUAAACAAUUAGUUGGUAAACUUUAUCAUCGAAAUCAUGCUCGACGUGAAGAAGCUUUAGAUGAAAUUUAUCAAAUAUUAAAUUCAUUUUCUGGUGAUCAAGAAGAUGCUCGUGCUCAUUUACGUGCUGGUAGUUUUGUUGUAGCACGAAUGUUUCGUGUUGAUGUUCUUGCUACAUUUUCACAAUCACUUAAACUUUUUCAUUUAUUAAUGAAUGAUUAUGUUAGACGACAUUCAAUACAAAAACAAGAUAUUAUAGCUAGUUUAGAACGUGUUUUACCUGUUUUAUUACAACGUACAGGUGAUUCAAAUGCACGUUUAAGACAACGAGCACAAGAAGCUAUUAUUGAAUCUGCAUCAUAUCCAGAAUUAAAACCAUUACAUAUAAUAACACAUUAUUGUGUAUUACCAUUUAAUAAAACAUGUGCACCAAGAUUAGCUAUAAGUCGAUGUGAACUUAUUGAAGAAUUAAUGAAAAUUCUUGAUGUUAAAACAGGUGACAAUGGCUUAAAUGUUGAUAAUGUUAGUAAAUUUUGUGCACAAGCACUUGAACAUAAUGCUGGUGAAGUACGAGAAUUGGCUAUGAAAAUUCUACUUAGUUUAUAUAAAACACAUGGAGCAAUUGUAAAACGUUAUCUUCCACCUGAUAAUGAACAGACACGUCGAAUAAAAAAAUAUCGUGAUAUAUUUGAUGCAUUUGAUCGAAUGGAUGGACGAACUGUUAAAGGAGAUGAAAAAGCAUCAACUAGUGAUCCAUCGGAAACUGGACGAAAACAAGGUGGAAUAUCAGAUGCAGGAAAACGUGAUAUUUUAAAACAACAAAAUACAGCACGUGAACAACAAAAAAAUUUUGAUGCAAAAGGAUCAACUAGUAAAUCUCGUACACCAACACGAUUCGAUCGAAAAACACCAACGACUAGUGUUGCUGAUGAAUCUGAAUUUACUCCUGAAAAUACAUGUAUUUUUUGUGGUGAAAAAAAUGAAGAUUUUGUACGCGAUGGUCUUGAACAACAUUAUUGGGCUAAUUGUCCAAUGCUACGAAGAUGUCAAGAAUGCAAUCAAGUAGUAGAAAUUGGAAUUUAUAUCGACCAUUUAUUACGUGAAUGUGGAAAGAAAGGAAAAUAUCAGCAAUGUCCACGAUGUACAGAAGCAAUUGAAAAUGAUUUUGAUGUUCAUGUUAAACUUAAAGAAUGUCAUGAAAUAAAACCAAAUACAAAUCGUUGCCCAUUAUGUCAUAUGAAUAUUCCCGAAGGUGAUAAACCAUGGCGUGAUCAUUUAAUGGGUGUUGAUGGUUGUGUUAAAAAUCCUCGACGUAUUCAAGCAUUAAAAAAGAAUAAAUAUCCUCAACAACAACAACAGCAACAAAAAUCAGUCGUUGUUCCAACAUCUCAAGUAAAUGUAAUGAAAAAAACAACAACAGGUGGACAAAAAAAAGCAACAACAACAGUUAAAUAG